AUGCGUGUGUCCAGUAAAAUACAAACACGCAUUCCUCAGAAAAAAGACGCACCCCGCUUUACACAACCGCCACAUCCGCAUGCACAAACCGUUACGUACAAUCAUUUUUACAUCAGACACGCGAGCCCGGGUGGCACGGGGGUCGGCCCUCGGGGCCUGGGUCGCCAUUUGCUGGAGGCCUCCACGGCGGGCCGGGCAGCGGGCUGGGCGCGGACGCCCACGCUGCCUACUUCCUCUCUGCGCCCGGACGGGGCCGCGUUUGCUCCGCCCCAGGCCCGGCCCGCCGGCCCCACGGCCGCCUGCACCCCGGCCGCGGGCCUCGCACUGCCCGGCCACCGCCUCCGGCCCCGGCGCAGACCGGGCGGCGCCGGCCUCCCGGGCGGGCCUCCCCGACACUCACCGGCCGGCCCGGCCGAACCGCGGCCCAGACCCUGGCUGCCGUGGCCGCCGUGCCAGGCUGCUCCCCGCUGUCCCGGCGCCGCUCCGCGCCCCGCACCCCCGUGCAACCCGCCUCCUCCUCGCCUCUCUGCCCAGCCGGGCCGCCGCCUUUUCCCUCCCCGGUCUUCCUCCUCCUCCUCCUCCUGCAGCUCCUCAGCCUGCUCUCCCGGAGCCGGUCCUCCUUACCCUCCCCACCCCGCCCCGCCCAGCUCUGCCCCGCCCACCCGGCCGGGCCCCGGGGCCCGUGGCAAGCUGGGCGGAGACGCGCACGCCGAGCCCGAAGGAGACGCGCACGCCGAGCUCGGCGGGGACGCGCACGCCGCCCACCGACACUCCCCCGCCUCCCCGGAAAGGACGUGA